AUGAUUAGACUCUUUUUUUUUACAGGAACAAUUCAAAAUAAUAUAUAUUAGUUUGACACUGAAGAAAUACCUGUCAUUAUGAAUGAAUUAAUCAUGUUGCUUUUCCUUAUAAUUAUUCUGAUGUAUUUGCUACUAGUUCUUUAAAUGAUAUCAGAGUAUGGAAUGCUAAGAAUAGAUAAGAAUUACUUAAAAUAUAAGUUCGAAAUCUAGAAUUUUGGGCAGUUGCCUUUAUGA